AUAUAAACCAGCUCUUUUAAAAAGUAAUAAUAUUUCACAAUAUUACUGUAUUUUUUGAUUGAUUGAAUAAAUGCAGCACCUUUUUUUUAUUUUUUUUUUACAAAAACAUUUUUAUCAAUUUUAUCAACAAAUUUAUCCAAACUUUUCACAGACAAAACACACGUUUAAUCAUGUAGAUAAAGAUUGCAACUGGGGUGAGCACAUUAAGUCUAGCUGCAAUAGGAUGAGUGAUUUAAAAAGAGAAAAAACGCAGCAAAUGCACUAAAGAACAUGUGAUGCAUGUGAGUCGCUUUUAAUGAUUCAGAAAGUCACAGCCUCUUGACUUCACCUUUUAUACAAUUUUAAAGGCUUUCGUCUAUUUGGGGCAUCGAGGUGAAUUGCUGAACACCCCAAUGACCCCAAUGACCCAAAGUCCUCCAUCUUCAUCGAUUUUCCAAGGGGAGGGUGCUGCUCCUGCCUCGUUGACAAAGUAAGCCGGCGUAUAAAUACAGGACAGAACGCAGCAAUGCCCUCACCACACCAUCUAUUCACAAGCACCAUUCACCAUGGACAUGAUAGUGACCUCCCGCAGAAGGGCUUUGGAGACACGGACUAUCCGCGCACCGUCCUCCACUAUGCGCUCGUGGACUAAGAGCAGUCCUCUGUCUUUCAAAAGAUCCACAAAUGUGGCCGCAUCCAGGGCUGCGUACAGCCCCGCCGUGCUCGCGUCUCCGGAAGGCUUCGAGCUGAGCGCAGCGCUCAAUGGAGAUCCGGUGCGCAGUAACGAGAAGGAGCAGCUCCAGGGGCUCAACGACCGCUUCGCAAGCUACAUCGACAAGGUUCGCUUCCUCGAGGAGCAAAACAAGCAGCUGGAGACUGAGAUCCAAGCGCUGAAGCAGCAGAACUUGUCGCAGUCCAUGCAAAGCGAUGCGUACGACCGUGAGCUCCAAGACCUGCGCUGCGCCCUGGAGCAGCUCCACAAGGAGAAGGCGCAGAUGCUGCUCGACACGGACCACAUGGAUGAGGAUCUGCAGCGGCUCCGAGAGCGCUACGAAGAUGAAGCCAGGCUCAGAGAGCACAUGGAGUCUGCGAUCCGGGGCAUGAAGAAAGGCAAGGACGACUCGCUUCUGAUGAAGCUGGAGUUGGAAAGGAAAGUCCAGGCGCUCGUGGACGAAAUGGACUUCUUGCGGCAGAACCACGAGGAGGAGAUCAGCGAGCUUCUGGCUCAGCUUCAAGCCGCGCAAGUGCCGGUGGUGGAGAUGAGGGACCUCCAGAAGACCGACAUCACCUCUGCGCUCCGGGAGAUCCGCGCUCAACUGGACGGGCUCUCCUCCAAGAACCUCCAGCAGGCUGAAGAGGUGUUCAAGUGCCGCUAUGCCAUGCUGACGGACGCCGCAGAACACAACAAGGGUGCUAUAAAGUCCAUACGGGACGAGAUCGCAGACUACCGCCGUCAGAUCCAAGCCAAGAACAUUGAGCUGGAGGCUAUUCGUGGCACCAAAGAUUCAUUGGAAAGGCAGCUGCAUGAUAUCGAAGACCGCCACAACACCGACGUUGGCAGUUAUCAGGAAAUGAUUCAUCAAUUGGAAAAUGAUCUGAAGGGAACAAAAUGGGAAAUGGCUCGUCAUCUUCGUGAAUAUCAAGAUCUGCUUAAUGUCAAGAUGGCACUGGAUGCUGAAAUAGCAGCUUACAGGAAACUGCUGGAGGGUGAGGAGACACGCUUCCGUACCGUCUCCGGAAGUAUUCCAAGCCCUGUGUUUGCCUACAGCCAGCCUAAAACCUCCAAGGUCAAACAUAAAAUAGUGGAGGAGAUCAUUGAGGAGACCAAAGGAGAGAGUGAACUCGAUGAGGAUCUGGCAGAGGUGGCUAAAGAAGUGGCGGAAGAAGCUGGUGAGGGUGAAGAGGAGGAAAAGGAGGAAGAGAUUGUCGCCGCCAGUCAGGCCAAAGUGAGUUCUGCUGCUCCUGAGGGCAAAGAAGAGGAAGAGGCAGAAGGAGGAGAUGAGGAAGAAACAGCAGAAGAGGGAGAAGCUGCUGAGGAGGAAGAGAAAGAAGAGGAAGAGGAAGCAGAAGAGGGGGAAGAAGCGGAAGAAGGUGAGGAGGAAGAGGAACAACAAAUGGAAGUGAUUGGGGAGACAGAACUGAGUGGUGAUAAAUCUCCAACAGCAGAGAAAGAAGGCAGCGAGAAAGACGAAGAAGGAAAGGAAGAGGAGGAGGAGGAGGGUGGUGAAGAACAAGAGGUGGAAAGUAAAGAAGAAACCAAAGAUGAUGAGGAGAAGAAAGAAAAAGCUGAUGAAAAAGACGACGAGAAAGAGGAGACCAAAUCCGAAGGAGAUGAAGAGAAGAAAGACGAGUCUGGAGGAGAGGAAACAAAGGCUGAUUCAGAGAAGAGCGACAAAAAGAGCGAUUCAGAAGAUGAGAAGAAAUCACCAGAAAAGGAGAAACCAGAAAGCCCAGUAGAAGAAAAGCAGCAAGAAAAAGAAGAAGUUGUUCCCAACGGAGACCAGACGAGCCCGACCAAAGAAGAAGCCAGUCCGAAAGAGGAGGUCCAAACCAGAACAGUGGAAACCAUCACCAAUGGAGACAAGGAGAGCAAAGAGAAAGAGAAGAAGUCAGAGGAAAAGCCUCAGGAGACAAAGAAAGUCACCAAGAAGGUGGAGAAAGUCAGUCCACAGGCAAAGAAGGAAAUCAAAGAAAAAUGACUUUGACAGGGAAUUAGUUAUAACCAAUUGUUAGAAAUAAUUCUAUUUGAUGCAAAUGGCAUUUGAUGCAGCUAGCAAAAUAAUUGCAUGCGUGUUAAUGACUGACUGACUUGCAUGUGUGGUCUGGAGGGAUGUACUGAGUCAUGCUGAGCCGUCGCGUCUGAAACAGAAACUAUAGCGCGUUUGACUUAAAGUGCAAGUUCAUUUAUGCUGCUAAUGACUUGAACAACGAGAGAUUUUACACGAAUGUGAAGUUGUUUGGCAAUAAUGGUGCUAUAAUAUCAUCACUCGCAGGCACACUUUGAGCUGAAACUCCAUUUCAUUAUUUAAAAUGAUAUGAUGUCUUUCUAGUAUACUUCUUGCCUUAAGACAUAAUGCACUGACUCAAUGAUAAGACUCGGUUUGUUAACGUGAGACACAACAGCUGUUAACAAUGAUACUGUGAAAGCUAAAGGUGCUGCUCUUUGCAAUAUCACCUCAAUCAAUAAAAGCUCAUCAAGUCCUU